GACACGGUCAGCAGCGACAUGGCAGCACUCGAACCUCGAGUUCUAGACACUGAGGUGUUCGAAAAAGCUUCCGAAAACGGAGAUGACAUGACAAAACAACAAGAAACUGAAGAAACACGGCAGGAAAGUGAGGAGCAGACGAAGUGGAAUAUCGAAAGCAACUGGGGCUUUUCCUUAGAGGAGCUAUACGCGCUCGGGCUUAAGUUCUUUAAAGAGAUGAACGGAAAAGCCUUCAAUCCGACAUACGAAGACAAUCUGCACUUCGUCGCACUUCAGAAGCAAGUCUCACUUGGACCUUAUAACGCAAAGGCUUGUCCUGAGGUUGGCUUCUUCGAUGUUCUGGGGAAUGACAGAAGGAAAAAAUGGGCACAGCUAGGCAGCAUGGCCAAAGAGGAUGCUAUGGAGGAUUUCGUGAAGCUCCUGAACUCCUGCUGUAGUCGGUUUUCGCCAUACGUGACAUCUCACAAAAUCAAGAAGGAGGAGCAAGAGAGGCAGCUAAGAGAGGAGGAGCGCCUCAGGGUGGAAAAAGAACAGCAGGAGAGGCGAGAGGAAGAGCAACGUCAAGAGGAGGAAAGGAGGAAGAUAGAGGAGAAAAGGAGACAGGAGGCUGACAGCUUGCUGAUAGAGCAACAAAAACAGCAGGUCAUGGCUGCUCUGAAUGCCCGGACAGCCAUGUACUUUCAGCAAUAUGCAGCGCAACAGUUUCCUGACAACCCAGACCAGCAAAAGCUCCUCAUCCUCCAGCUCCAGGAACAGCACUACCAACAGUAUAUACAACAAGCCUACCAACAGUACACAGCUGAAGCCCCGUCUCCUGUCUUAAACGACAAAGUACCAGAAGGAAAUCUCAUCAGCCAAUCAGAAUCCUUAACGAGUGAAGAAAAAGAGACAAACCAGAAAUCAGGUCGUUUAUUCAUAGAAACCAAAAGCGGAGAGUUGCCCAUCCUGGCACCCUCCAUGUGGACAAGGCCUCAGAUAAAGGAAUUCAAGGAGAAGAUGAAACAGGAUGCAGAGUCUGUGCUCUCUGUCGGGAGAGGGGAGGUGCUGACCGUGCGCAUUCCUACUAACAAGGACGGCUCCUUUUUCUUCUGGGAAUUCGCCACCGAUCACUAUGACAUCGCCUUCGGGUUGUACUUCGAGUGGUCGAACGCAGAGAACAUAUCAAAAUUGGCCGACACGGAGGAAUCUGCGUCUGAAAACGGAGAGUCGGGCCACAACAAAGAGGAAAGUGGAAAGUCCAAGAAUGUUAGCGAGGUAGUACAACUCUGUCGGCACGACAGCCACGAGGACGUCUACGCAGGCAGUCACCAAUACCCGGGCCAAGGAGCGUACCUGCUGAAAUUCGACAAUUCCUAUUCGCUUUGGAGGCCCAAGAUUGUGUAUUACAGAGUCUAUUACACAAGAUAGACUUAUCAGAGACACACCUAAUUACACAAGGCUUGAGCAAUAAACUUUUGCACACCGUGUCUACUGGUCUGCCUCGGCUUGCUCCGAGCUGUUGCAAUACGUUAUAGAGUCGAGACACUGUUUACUCAAGGAUCCAUCUCUACAUAUUCAUUACAUUCAUUCAGCUUUGAAUGUAAAGAGUAUACAUUUCAUCUAAGCCUGCUUAAUUAUAGUUUUUGCCAAAUAUAAAUAACAAGGAUUUAUUUUAUUUUAGCUUGAUAAUGAAUCAGUAGGAGCAGGUUGAUGGUGUAAGAUGGUCAUAUUUGCUUUAAUACAUAAAUAAUUUUUAUUAAAAUUAAAAGGACAAUAUGUAAAAAUGGCAAGCACAUUUUCUGCUUGUUUAUGAGAACAGGUCGUUUAGAGGGUAGCCCUGUCGCCUUACAGCAAGAAGGUCCUGGAUUCGAUUCCCAGGUGGAGCAGUCCGGGUUCUUUCUGUAUGAAGUUUGAAUGUUUGCCAUAUGUUUAGCCUGGUUUUCCUCUGGGUGCUCCGGUUUCCUCCCACAGUCCAAAGACAUGCAGCCAGGUUAACUGGAGCUACUAAAAUUGAGGCGUGUGUGUGUAUGUUUGCCCUGUGAUGGACUGGCAAACCGUCCAGGGUGUUUCCAGCCUUUCACCCAGUGAAUUGUACCCACCGUGACCCUGAAUAGGAUAAAGCAGUGGUGAAAUAUACAAUGAAUGAAUGUAUGUUUAAUGGGAUUUAAUUUAAUUUUGUAAUAUUGAAUAUAAACUGAAGUUUGACGUUUUUUUUUUACAAUGCCUUUAUUUGCAUAUACUAUACUAUUAAUAUAUAUAUCAAUAAUAAUUUAUUGAUAUUUAUUCAUCUUGGUGAAGGUAUACAUUAAUUUUUAUAACUGAAUAAUCAAUUUUAGCACUCAAAUGUUAGAUUAUGCAACUACAUAUUAUUAAAAGUGAAGUUUGUCAAGUUUGUGAACAUGGUUUCUAUUGAGUAUUCUUUAUAAGUGUAACGGGCUGGAACGCUGCCUCGCUACAGAAAGCGUGUGGUGAAUGGAAAUGAACCCAUUUGCACAUAUUUAAUCAAAGUAAAACAAUACUGUGAUUAAAAAGCCACUAACUAAAAAAGACAAUUGCAAAUAAAAAGGUGGCCAAAUUAAUAGAAACAAAUGGUCUGUCCGAAAACCUAGUGAGCUCUAUUCAUAGACGCAUUUUAUGUCAUCAUAUGCUCUCGAGAAAAAGGCUGUUCGAAUUCUCAGAUACUUAAAAUGCUGCCUACUAAGGUGCCUUAUUUAGAAGCACCUUAAUAAUCUGACUGAAUAAUGAGGGAGCAUCCAAUGCUGAAGGCAAUCCCAGCAUUCAGUGCGGCACAACUUAUCUCACAAGAAAUUACAAAUAUGGUGGACGAAUAUGGAGCAAUCA